AUGGGAUGGCCUUAUCAUUUCUUUUUCGGCGCUCCUGCACCACCUGACUUUUUUUUUUUUCCAUUUACCCAACGUUUCGCGGCACCCGUGCCUCCCGCCACUGUAGGCCAAUCUCAUCCAGAUGCGGUCCUGCAGACGCGCCCCAACAUAUAUAUACCCCCCGACAUUCCCUCCCUAAUCCCAAUUCUCAUAUCCAUUCGUCUCACCAUGUCUCAACCAGAACUGUUGGAAAGCGUGGACAUCACGUCGCUCAACGCUUUGGCCGCCGGCGCCAACAAGAAAAACCCCAGAGUGGUUGCCGCCGGUUUGGGCGGUAAGUUGAUGGGUACCAAGUCCAUUGUCGACGUCACUGCUGAGCAGAUGGCCAAGGACUCCGAGACCUUCUACGAGAAGGACGAGAGAGAGAGACAGAAGUACAGAAAGCAGAUGCACAUUUCGGAAAAGCCGUGGACGUUGUCCAACUGGCACCAGCACAUCAACUGGUUGAACUCCGUGUUGGUGGUGUUUGUGCCUGCCAUUGGCUUCUACCACGCCUUCACCACUGCUCCGCAAAUGAAGACCGUGGCGCUUGCCGUGUUCUUGUACGUGUUGUGUGGUGUUUCCAUCACCGCCGGUUACCAUAGAUGUUUUGCCCACAAGGCCUACGAUGCCCACUGGUCCGUCAGAGCCUUCUUUGCCUUCUUCGGUGCUGGUGCCGUGCAGGGUUCCGUCAAGUGGUGGGCCCACUCCCACAGAAUCCACCACAGAUACACAGACACCAACAGAGACCCCUACGACGCCAGAGAGGGUUUCUGGUACUCCCACAUGGGCUGGAUGUUGACCAAGGCCAACCCAAAGAACAGAGCCAGAGCUGAUAUCUCCGACUUGACCUCUGACCCCAUCGUUGUCUUCCAACAUCGUCACUACUUGGCCGUCAUGGUUCUCUCCAGUGUUGUCUUGCCUUGUGUCGUUGCCGGUCUCGGUUGGGGUGACUGGAAGGGUGGCUUCAUCUACGGUGGUAUCUUGAGAUUCUUCUGCAUCCAACAGGCCACCUUCUGUGUUAACUCCUUGGCUCACUGGAUCGGUACUCAACCAUUCGACGACAGAAGAACCCCAAGAGACCACGUGCUCACCGCCUUCGUUACCUUCGGUGAGGGUUACCACAACUUCCACCACGAGUUCCCAUCCGACUACAGAAACGCCUUGAAGUGGUACCAAUACGACCCAACCAAGGUCUGCAUCUGGAUCUUGUCCAAGUUCGGCUUGGCCUGGAACUUGAAGACCUUCUCCCAGAACGCUAUCGAGCAAGGUUUGUACCAACAACAACAAAAGAAGUUGAACAGAAUGAAGGAGAAGUUGAACUGGGGUACCUCCGUCCAGGAGUUGCCAGUCUGGGACCGUUCUUACUUCAACGAGAUCGCCAAGAAGGAGGGUCUCAUUAUCAUCGCCGGUAUUGUCCACAACGUCAAGAACUUCAUCAAGGAACACCCUGGUGGAGCUGCUUUGGUCAACGCCUCUUUGGGUAAGGACGCCACCAAGGCUUUCAACGGUGCUGUUUACCAGCACUCUAAUGCUGCUCACAACUUGUUGGCCACCAUGAGAGUUGCCGUUAUCAAGGACUCUGCUGUGGAGAGCAACACCUUCGACUUGCAGGAGGAAAUGAUGGCCAAGAAGGCUAUCUAA